AUGGGCAACUGUCUCUGCAGAACUUCCGAUCCGGAAGAAUCGAAUCAACAAAUAGUUCUUCCUAAUCGCACCCAGCCAAUGUAUAGCGCCAAGCCAAUCUCGAGUGACAGAUGUUUCCUUAAUGUGGAUGCUCCUACCACUCAGGAAUCACUUGCCACGGUGAUUAUUCAGGAUGAUGAGAUUACACCGGUCGAGCCUACACCGGUCGAUAUUGCUGUGUGCACUAUGCCUAACAAGGUGCAUGCUUAG